UACCACGCACCAAGUGUUGUCCUGAAUACUUCGAGAAAGCAUACAAUCUGAGUGGUUUCACCUGGGAUGGAUCAACUAUUUGCUGGAAGUGAGCCUCAUGGCAAGCUUUCACUACAGCUACCACUGUGGGGAAGCAUUGGAGAUGGGGGCAAUAACAUGGACCCAGCUUUGACGCACACGGAAAUGGAAGUGGCUGUUAACUGUCUUCCAAGGAAUGAAGACGAACCACUGGACUUGAUCAUGCUGCAAAAGAUCGUAGCUGAGAGUGAUGCUCGUGCUAAGUACUGGAGUACAAUAACAAUGGAUUUACUCAAUACUUGCACUAAAGUCAUCCAGUCAGCCAACCGUGACAGACAGUGGUUUGUCCAUGUUGUUCAGCAAAUUGAGAAAACCAUGAGAACUGCAGUCCACCAGCAGGAGGAUAUGAAAUCUCACAGCCAGGAAGCACAUGUGUCUUGCCCGUCUAUUUUGAAGAUCAGUUCAGACAAGAAGGAGACUGGAUCUGAUGAUGAGAGAUAUGGACUCAAGACUCUCGUGGAAGACUGCAGGUCUCGUUUGGGAAGUCUGGAGAGAGUAGUUUGGCAGCUUACAAAGAAGGUGGACAUGGUUUUGGACAUGCCUCAGGAUAUGGUGAUGUCUCUGUCUCAUGACUGUAGACUGAGGAACAGCUCACCUAAGGCAUCACCAGGGAUGUGUUCAUCUGUGGGCAAUAGCAUAGAGAGCAGCACAUGCAUCCAUGACAUCCGUGACAUCCGUCACAUAAGAGUGUACAAAGAUUCUGCUGUACAGGUCCCUGUGGAACUGACUGAUAUAAAAGUGGAAGGCAUGGUGACCUCCCGUCAGUCUCCAGACCAUAUCACUAAAUCUGAGGCGAUGGAGAGAAAUGUAUCCACACUCGCUACCCAUGAUGCUGAACUGAUCUCUGCAGACAUAUUGCAGGCCACUGCUACUCCUGACAGCAGAUUUGAGAUGAUGGAGGAAGGAGUGUUGCCUGAUUCUCAACUGUGUCCACCAGCCGUAAUGAAGUAUGAGCAGCGAUUUCAAAUGAUCACAGAGACAAAAGACCAAAAGAACAACAUGAAUCUUCAGCAUGCUGGCAGUUACUUUGUGGAAAGCAAUGUUUGCAAACAUCUUGAGGUCGCAGAGAGCCUCAAAUCUGAGGUGAAAGAGGUUGCAGAGACAGAGGUAAAAGAGAUUGCAGAGGCCAAGCUGAUGUCGUCAGACAUUCUAUUAGCCACUGCUACACCUGACAGCAGAUUUGAGAUGAUGGAGGAAGGACUGUUGCCUGAUUCUCAACUGUGUCCACCAGCCGUAAUGAAGUAUGAGCAGCGACAUGAAAUUAUCACAGAGACAAAAGUCCAAGAGAACAACAAACAUCUUCAACUUGAGUUGCUAAAGUCUCCAGCUGUUGAUGAGAAAGUGGGAGAAGUGACAUCAGAGGCUCUACAGCUUCUGCCUGAUCCUGAGGACUUCAUGCUUGCUGACAUUGUGGAAGACCAUGUUUGUGAUCACUUUGAAGUCGCUGAGAGCCACACAUCUCAGAAGUAUGAGCAGCAACUUGAAAUGAUCACAGAGACACAGAUGGAGGUAGGAGAGGCCAAGCUGAUGUCAUCAGAUGUUCUUUUGCUCACACCAACCAACCAGGCCACUGACCAGGGCUUUGAUAUAAGUACGAAGGCUCAAGCUCAUGAGCUGAAAGUAAAGCACAGGCAGACCUCACAGCCAUCUCCAAACUAUCAUCAGUGUAGAGACACGGCUGAAAUGAAGUAUCUUCUCAAGCAAUUUGAGACUGCUACACCUGACGGCAGAUUUGAGAUGAUGGAAGGAGGGCUGUUGCUUGAUUCUGAACUGUAUCCACCAGCCGUACCGAUGUAUGAGCAGCGAAUUGAAAUUAUUACAGAAACGGAAAAAGCUGCAGGAGAUGCAUCAUGCAAACAUCGCAAAAUCAUGCAAAAAACACCUCAUCAUCAAGUGCCAAAGCAACCAAUUGUGCCUCAAGUGAAAAACAGGCAAGGACAUAAAAAGCCUAGGAACUCUUGGACUCUUGAAGUCCAAAAGCUGGUGCACUCUGUGGUCAAUGAAUUAUGGAGGAUAUAUGACCUUGGAGCCGGCCCAAAGGUUUUAUCAGGACUGCCUAAGCCAUGUCCAUCUAAAGGCUUUCUACAAAGCUUAUCUUGUACUCAUCUUCUCAAGACGAGCAUCAGGCGCAGUUACGGCAAACAUAUCUAUGGACUCUGCUGGGAGAUCCUUCAGGGUAUCUAUCCCAAAGGGUCUGAUACAGGACCUGCUUGGUAUAAGCCACGACCUCAGGACGAUGUGAGAAAGAUAAAAUCAUUUCAUGACGUUCAGGACUAUAUAACCAGAAAGGUCUUCAGACUGUCUGGAAUGCAGACUCCAAAAUAUAUGGAAAAGAUACAGUUUCACUUUGAGCAUGUAAUUACUACAUUUUAAACCUUAUUUUGGUCAUUCAAUGGCGAAGAAUGAGAAAGACGUCUUCAAACUGGUUGGAAAAACAACUUCUAGUCCUAUAUUUUUCACAGCAUA